AUGUCGGCCUUGGAAACUCUCCCAGAUACUGCUGACGAGGAGGCCUUGGCGGCGGAUAGGCCCAAGUUGAAUGCAACUGCGCCAAUCUCGAACGGUACAGCCAUCCGUGGGGCCGCCACAACUGCCAAGGUGGACGACAGCCACGGUGUCCUUUCCCUCAACGAACUGGCUGCUCCUCUGAACGAAGUGCACCUGGCGACUCAUGAUUCCAACUCGGUUGGACCCCGCACUGGCUCAGCUGGUACUCCGGAGCCACUCCCAGAUUCGGCGUAUCCCAUGGCAAAGUUCCGCCCUCUUCCUUCCAGUGCACAGACACCUGGUGCGGCGACCCUCACCCCCCCUUCCAUGAACAUUCCUCCCCCAUCAUCGGCGCCCAUGUCGCGCAAUGUGUCAGCCAACAGCACCAACGUGACUGACCUUGGCACCCGUGCCAAUCGCUCCCAGUCGACGAGCAGCAAGGCUGGAGAGAAGAAAGGUUUCCUCGCCAAGAUGUUCCACCACGAGUCCAAAGUGGACAGGAUGACACCCACUUCCAAGGCCAAUGGCGACUCCCCUCCCCUCACCCCUGUUGGCACCGAGUCGGACCACUCUCGCCCUCCUUCUCGCGCUCCGAGCGUGAAGCGCAACAACCACGAAGAUCCUCCAGUUGAGCGUCGCCCUUCUCUCCUUGGACAGCGUCGCAUGUCUGAAAGGUCAAUCUCCCACGGUUCCACUGGUCCCAACGUCGUGGUCGCUCCGGCAACACCUGUGUCUGAAACCGGCGGGUCCAAGUUCACCCUCAAGGACCUCAUCGGUGGGGGCAAAGACAACAAACUCUCGCGCCGCCCAUCCGGUUCUGCACGCGGGUCAGACCGUGGCUCGACCAAGGGAAGCGACCGCGACUUUGGCGACAACACGAGCACGGCCUCGCUGCUGAAAAAGUACGGUGUCUGCGACCGUGCGGCUAUCGGCAAGGGCGCGACGGCUGUUGUGCGCCUUGCCCACAAGUGGGACCGCCGUGAAGAGAAGCUGUAUGCUGUCAAGGAGUUCCGCAAGCGUCGCAAGAACGAGACGGAGAAGGACUACGUCAAGAAGCUCACGUCCGAGUUCUGCAUCUCGUCGACGCUACACCACAUCAACGUCGUCGAGACCGUGGACCUUGUCCAGGACGAGCAGCAGCAUUGGUGCGAGGUCAUGGAGUACUGUCCCGGCGGAGACCUCUAUGCCGCCAUCAAAAAGGGCGGCAUGUCGUCGGGUGAGGUUGAGUGCUCGUUCAAGCAGAUCCUCCAGGGUAUCCAAUACCUGCACUCUAUGGGCGUUGCUCACCGUGACAUCAAACCCGAGAACCUUCUUCUUGACGGCCGUGGCCAUGUCAAGAUUACCGACUUUGGUGUCUCGGACGUUUUCCGCAUGUGUUGGGAGAAGAAGACGCAUCUCAGCAAGGGCCUCUGUGGCUCUGAGCCCUACAUUGCGCCAGAGUUGUUCGAGCACAAAGAAUACGAUGCCCGUCUCGUUGACGUAUGGGCUGCUGCCAUCGUCUUCUAUUGUAUGCAGUUCCAGGAGCUGCCGUGGCGUGUCGCCAAGCCUGGUGACCCCACCUUUGCGACCUAUGUCUCGCAGUACUACCCGUCUGGUGCCCGUCCGGAGGGUGCCCCUGCUUGCCCGGCCCCGCUCAACAACCUCAUCCCUCGCGAGUGCCGUCAUGUCAUCAAGCACAUGCUCGACCCCGACCCGAAGACCCGCUGGACUGUUGACGAGGCACUCAAGGACAAAUGGGUGCAGUCCGUCGAGGUCUGCGUCGAGGGCCGCGAAAACGGUCAUUCCCACACGACUGUGGGCUUGGAGGUCAAGGAGAUGCUUCGUGGACCAUAA